ACUGAAGGGACAGAAGGAUGUUUCUCAAGCUGGUUGCCCUAGUUCCUGUGCUGGCACUGAUUGUAGGCCAAGUACAUGGCUUCCCAAAGCCCGAAGCCACCAGAGGAGAUAAAGCCAUACACAACAGAGAAUUAAGCGUAGAGAGACCACUAGAAGAACAGAUUGCUGAGGCUGAGGAAGACAGAAUGAAAAAAAAUGUCCUGACAGAAAAUAAGCCAGAAUUCAGAAAUUAUUCCUUUGUUGAUGACUUGAACUUGCUCAAGUCGGCAGCAGAAAAAGGGAGGAAGGAAAAGGAGAGGGAAUCCGUCAGAAGCUCUCUGUAUGACCAGCAACUUGCCCUCGAUGACGCAGAUUCCACCAAGAGUCGCAGGCUAGUGGAGGACUAUGACUCCACUAAAAGCGGUCUGGACUAUAAAUAUCAAGAUGACCCUGACGGACUUCAUCAACUUGACGGCACACCGUUAACUGCUGAAGAUAUUGUCCAGAAGAUUGCCAUGAGAAUAUAUGAGGAAAAUGACAGAGGAGUGUUUGACAAAAUCGUCUCCAAGCUUCUAAAUCUGGGACUUAUCACUGAAAGCCAGGCCUACACGCUGGAGGAUGAAGUGGCUGAAGUGCUGCAGCAGCUAAUUGCUAAUGAAGCAAAAGAACGAGAAAAGGCGCCUGAAAAUCUUGAUUACCUCCAGAGCAGAAUAGACAGUAAGACCGAAGAGAAACAGGAGGAGAAAAUGGUGCCAAAAUAUACAGAUCAAGACGAUACCUUGGAUAACACAUGGGCUUCCUCCAACCUUUUGGAAAGAAGAAAUGAGCUGCCUCCCGGGGAUAAUUUUGAAGAUCUCCAGUAUUUCCCAAACUUUUAUGAGCUACUGAAAAGUCUUAACUCAGAGAAAGAAGCUAAGGAAAAAGAAACAUUGAUAACUAUAAUGAAGACCUUAAUUGACUUCGUGAAGAUGAUGGUUAAAUAUGGAACCAUUACGCCUGAAGAAGGUGUUUCAUACCUGGAAAACCUCGAUGCAAUGAUCGCUCUGCAGACAAGAAAGAAACUUGAGAAGCCCAAUACCAAAAGCAAGGAUGCUGUGAUUGCAACCUCUCUAGACAAGAGCACUGAAGAGGCUGACAGCACAAAAGCAGCCGCGGCUAAAAUGGAAAAAGAAUAUGAAACGCUGAAAGAUUCCACAAAAAUUGAAGAACAAAAUACAGGAAACAGUGAAGAGCCAAAAGGGAAAGCAGAAGCAUACUUGGAAGCCAUCAGAAGGAACAUUGAAUGGCUGAAGAAACACAACAAGCAAGGAAACAAAGAAGAUUAUGAUCUUUCGAAACUGCGGGACUUCAUUGAUCAACAAGCAGACGCUUAUGUGGAUAAAGGCAUCCUGGAUAAAGAAGAGGCAGAUGUGAUCAAACGUAUCUAUGGUAGCUUGUAAGAA